CCCUGCUGCCUCUCUUCUGCCCGCACUGGGAUGGCGACGGUGACGGUGGAGCCCGCGGGCCGCUGCUGCUGGGACCAGCCGGUGCGCAUCGCCGUGAGCGGCCUGGCCCCGGGGCAGCCCGUCACGCUGCGCGCGUCCCUGCGCGACGAGAAGGGCGCGCGCUUCCGGGCCCACGCGCGCUACUGCGCCGACGCCCGCGGCCUGCUGGACCUGGCGCGCGCGCCCGCUGGGGGCAGCUUCGCGGGGCUCGAGCCCAUGGGGCUCCUCUGGGCCCUGGAGCCCGAGAAGCCUUUGCAGCGGCUGCUGAAGCGGGACGUGGAGACGCCCUUCGCCGUGGAGCUGGAGGUGCUGGACGGCCACGACCCGUGGACUGAGCGGCUCCUGGGCCGGACGGUGCACGAGCGCCACUUCCUGGGGCCCGGGGUGCGGCGGGAGCGGGUGCGCGCGGGCCGGGUGCGCGCCGCUCUCUUCCUGCCGCCAGGCACAGGACCCUUUCCUGGGAUCAUUGAUCUGUUUGGAAGUAGUGGAGGCCUUUGUGAAUACAGGGCCAGCCUCCUGGCCAGACAUGGUUUUGUUGUGCUUGCCCUGGCUUAUUUCAGAUUUGAAGAUCUCCCUAAAAAUUUGAGUGAUAUUCACCUGGAGUACUUUGAAGAAGCAGUGGACUUCAUGCUACAGCACCCAAAGGUGAAAGGCCCCAGCAUUGGGCUUCUUGGCUUCUCCAAAGGAGGUGAUCUGUGUCUCUCAAUGGCCUCUUUCUUGAAAGGCAUCUCAGCUACUAUACUUAUCAAUGCCUGUGUGGCCAACUCAAUGGUGCCUCUGCAUUACAAGGACAUGAUUAUUCCUAGUCUUUCCUCCUCUGUGCAUGCAGUGUUGAACCAAGCAGUGUUCUACGGGGGUGAGCCAAGGGCUCACACAAGGGCACAGGUAGAUGCCUGGCAGGAAAUUCAAACUUUCUUCCAUAAACAUCUCAAUGAUAAAAAGUCUGUUAAGCCUAGCAAACUAUAACAUUGUACUUACAGGCCAGAUAUAUUAAUAAAAUUCAGAUAUAUUAAUAAAAUUCAGAUUCAUAUACAUACUUGGGUUUCUAGAGCACCUAAAAAACUUUUUUUAACAGAGCAACCAUCUCGGCUUCUUUGUCAGAUCCUACUGGGUUCUCAGCCUUUUUAACACUCCCCUCUUCAUUGGGUGCACUCCUUUCUCCCCUGAACUUUACCGUAUCUGUAGUGUCUAAAGUAUUAACCCUAGUCUAUUGGACCAGUCUUUUUUUUUUAAGAUUUUUUUUAAAUUUAUGCAUACAAGAACAGGGGUACAGGCCAGAGGUGUGGGUUGGGGGUGGUGGUGAGUGGAUUCACCAGAGACAGAGUGGGGAACAGAACAGGCAGACUGCUGCACCUCCCCCUGCAGUGACCAUUAGGGCUAACCGUCCCUAGGUCCGGCUGGGCAACCAGCGCGCAAGGGGAGAACAGCAUAACACCCUGAAGCAGAGGAAGCAUAGCGGAAGUUCCCUGAAAAAACAGAAGCUUAUCAAAAGAUAACGACCACCAGGAACCACUACAAGAAUGCUAAAAAUCUUAUCCGGUCUUUCUAGAACUACAAACUUUAAUCCCUUAUUUGUCUUUCUAAACUUCCUUCUUUCUUCUAUAAAAGUCAUUGCUUGUUAUGUAGAUCACCUCCCUGAUGGUGAUAGACUGAGCCCAUGAGCAAGCUGAUUUCAUUGAUAUUCAUUGUCCCUGUGCCUUUGGAAAACAUAUAUAUAUUGGUCACAAACUCAAAGAAAAUUACACUCAGAUUUUCACUCUUGAAGUGUGUCUGUUUGUCAUUUCUUUCACCGACGCCCU